AUGAGCGGCUAUCCAACCUCGACGGCUCCCAUACGUGUCAUUGGUUUUAGGGAGACAUGCAAGGUCGACGGUCCCAAUGCGCCUGUUCCAUCCCCCAAAUACAUCUCUCUUGUUCAUCAGGCACAAAAUGAUGGGGAACCUCUGCACUGGUCACUGUUCAUUGCCCGUGAGAACCAAUACGGGCUUGUGUAUCAGGUCAAGGGAGAUGCAGAGCAUAUGAGGUACCUACCUUCGCCCAAGCAUGUCAAUAUUGUCCACUCUGUCUCCUUUCUGAACAUCUAUCAUCUGGCCAGUGUGACAGAGGAACAGGAAGAACUGGUGAGACAGGUCGCAGAGCAAGAACCUCCCCCUCAAGCGGCCAACAGGCAAUCUGUCACGGAGAACUCCCAAGGAUGGACUGUGCGUAUCAUCACCAAGCUGGUUGAAAUGGGAAUUGUUCCAACUGCGAAACUUGAGAUGGCAAGGUCAAUGGUCGAGCCAAUCUGA